AUGCAUUCUGAACAUGUCCAUAAGUCUGAAGAAUUUUUUAAAAGAAAAUUAGAAGAGUUUGAUAACCAAACGAAAUCGUUAAAAAAACUUGUUUCUGUCUCUUCAAAUGCUUUACUAGCAUCGUACAAAGUUUCUUACAGGAUUGCAAAAUGCAAGAAACCGCACAAUAUCGGAGAAACUCUAGUUUUGCCAGCAGCUAUCGAUAUGGUUGAAGCAAUGUUUGGCGAAUCCUAUGCAAAACAAUUACAGCAAAUACCGCUUGCUGAUAACACAGUCGCUAGAGAAUUGAUGACAUAUCUGAAGAUCUUUGUGAUCAGUUGGUUUCUCGACUACGUAACUGUAAAUUUGCUAUACAAGUUGAUGAGGAGCUGA